GCGUGGUUCGCUCGGCGUCCUGGCGUCCGGCGCACGCUGUCCCGUGAGCGCUCACCGAGUCCGUGAACAAUCGCGAUCUUCGAUCUCGGUACAGUGCAAUACUCUUACAUUUUUAAUUUGAACUGUUCUGUGUCGUUUUAUUAUUUUUUAAUUUUGGUUUUAUGUGUAUAAGUCAGUGCGUUUCUUAAUUUUGUAUUUGUUUUCCAUUUCUCCGUGGCAUUAUUUGUAGUUUUUAUUGGAUUUGUUUAGCGAAGAUCUGGCGGCGGCCGAUAUUUGGAAACUUACGAACUGUUGAAGAUUGGUGCUGCUGGAUUGGCCGCUACUGCGAGCGCGCGGGCGGGCUGAUGGCCCGAUGACGCAGCAUGCGCCGCGUGACCAUCGCCGCUUUACUGCGGCUUCUCCUUGUCGCAGGCGGCGCUAGUUUCGCAAACCCAUACGGGGGCGAGGAGCGCGUGGACCUCGGCCAGGUAUGGGUGGACAUCCCGAGCUCGCUGGUCGCGCUGGGCGGGGACGUGCACGUCACGGUGCGCGGGGCGUCCGCCGCUGCUGCCGCAGGGCUGCGCGUGCGCCUCGCACGCGAGGACGACGGUCGCGCUUUACUCGCCACCAUGCCCCUCGCGCUAGACGCAGAGAGCCGCAUGACGCUGCCUUGCGGCUACUUCUCUAGGGGCGGCACCUACUACUUGGAGCUCGUGGCGGACGGGGAGCGCCCGCCGGCGGAGGACUACGAGGCCGAGGACACCGAGCGCACAACCGAGGAGGGCGAGCGUGUGCGACGGGCGGCCGACGGCGCCACGUUGCAGACGGGCGAGGGCGCGGUCAAGUCGUGGCAGUUCGAGGUGCAGUGGCCGACGGCGACGCUGGACGUGACGCCGGAGCGCAUCCAGACGUACCCGGAGCGCGCGGUGACGGCCAUCGUUGAGUUCCCGCGGGCGGUGUGCGCGCCGCUGCGGGCGGGCGCCGACUUUUGGCUGGAGCUGCUGUACUGCGGCCACGCCAGCGGCGGCGCCGUACUCUGCGACGGCAGGAAUACCAGCUCGCACGCACACGUCCUCUACUCCGAGCAGAUGCACGGGUUCCCCGGGCGGCGCACGAUGACGCUGCGCUGCGAGCUGUUCGGGCAGGCGGGGGACUACGCGCUCACGCUGCGCCCCGCCGCGCCCGCAGCCCCAGCCGGGCCCCAGGACCUCGCCGCCGCAUUCAUAAAGGCGGACUGGUCGGAGCAGUUCGUGCUGAACGUGCGCGGGGGGUCGGUGCUGCCGUGCGGUGCGGGCGUGCGCGUGCUCUUCCAGUACCCCGAGUGUGUGCUCGAACGCGCCGACCGCGUGCGCGUCUUCGGCCGCGACCGCGACCGCCUCCGCUACGUCGCCGAGCGCAGGGUCACCAGAGGGCAGCACACCGCGUCGUUUGACUGUCGGCUGUUCAGCGAGCGGUUCCCCGAGUACUGCUUCGUUUACGUGUCGCAGGCGGUGACGGGCGCCGUGGCCGACGUGCGAAUGGACUGCCUGCCCACGCUGCCGCUCUCAGAGGGUGGGGCGGGCGCGUGGGGCGCGUGGUCGGCGUGGUCGGCGUGCCCAGCGCCCGCACACUGCAGCACGCGCACGCGCAGCCGACACCGCUUCUGCGACUCCCCGCCCCCCGCCUACGGCGCUAAGUACUGCGAGGUAAAUCUGUUUCCGCAUAGUUUUAGGUUAAGUAGUAAAUUGAGAGGAUUAAAAUGUUGUGACAUCAUGCCGCCUAAAAAAGAAAAAGGUAAGAAACAAAAACAGGAAGAAGCCCCGACAGCGCCCACAGUCACGGAGACGGAAAAAACAUUUUUCGAAUUGGAAAUAGCAGAUUGCAACAGAAAAGUCGCAAGACUUCGGGCCUCCAUUGAAGAAUACGAAAUACGGAAUGAGGAGUUACAGAAAGCGUACGAUAAGUUGGACGAAGACCGCGCAGAUAUUAUUGCAUAUCUCAAGAAAGUGCUCAAUACCAAAAAUGAAGAAAACGUCGAGCUGAAAGAGAAAGUGAAAGGUCUGGAGGAAAUCAGGGAAAUAGAAACGGCUAACUUUAAGAAAACCGUGUCUGAACUGGAAAGAAAUUUUACCGUAAUGAAAGAACAACUGACUUCUGAAAAUAAGUUGUUAGCAGGUAAAUUAAAUACACUUGAAGAAUUUAGAUGUAUAAGAGAUGAGUUAAUGAGGAAAUAUGAGAAACAGGAACAAGACUUUAAAGACCAAGAGAUGAAAUACAAAAGGAUUAUUUAUGACGCUGAAAAGAAAUUUGUAAUAGGUAAAGAUAAAUUAAAAAAAGAAAUGGAAGGCAGACUGUUACAGCUAGCCCAGGAUUUUCAAGACGCGACUGAACUUAGAGUAGCGGCGUCCACUCACAGAGUGAUCAGGGAAAACAUAGCGAUCAAUAAUGAACUCGAUAACAUAUUGUCCGCGCAAUCCAAGUUAACUGACCUUAAUGAGAAGUUCAGGGAAAGCGAGAGAAAUGCUCGCAUCUCUAUGGAACUAGCCGAGGAGGAAAGAGAUAAAGCUAUCAAUAGAAGUAUCGUCCAAAAGAAAGUGAUCGAUCAGCUCACAGCGGCUUUCCAAAAUAUAAACAAGGAAAAAGCUUUAUUCGAAAAAAGAAACUAUGACUUCGAAACGUUGCAAGUGAAGAUUCAGAAACUAACCAAAGAAAAUGAGAACCAGUUGUUGCAAAUUCGUAUUCUAGAGCAAAAUCUUCACGCCAAAAUGACUGAUGAAAAUAAAUCUAUCGUUGAAACGUCUAAAGUUAAUAAAGAAAAUGCUAAGCUGAAAAAAAUAUUAAAAGAAGCGGCAACAGCGAUCCAGGCAGCUUUGAAAUUAGACGAAUGGGCCACCACGGACAAGAGUCGUGACAUAAUGAAUAGAGAACUAUUGCUUUCGCGCUUGCUAUCAAUCAUAAACCAAUAUCGCGAAUUGCAUAAAGCCGACUCCACAGAUACUAUCGCUUCUCUAAGUAAAAUAUACGAAGAAGGCGAUUUAGGAUUCGUCCCGAAACCGUCUUCGAAGAAAUCGAUGGGUUCCACGGUCGCUCUAACAUUAUCUAGGGAAACACUCCCCGCUGAAAAAGAAAGCGCUGUCUCGAUAGCGGAGUCCACCUCGACGAUAGGCAGUGUCAAAACCAUUCCUAGUAUGAAACUUAUCCCUCCGUCGUCGGUACAGGAUGUCACCGUGAAACAAAGCAUCGCCUCGUUUGUGACGUCAUCUCACUCCUCGGAGACUCCGGAAUCCUCCGAGAAAGAAAAGGAGGACGAGAGCGACGACAUAGAGGCGCAACUCGUUAAAAGUAAACUGGAAAUACAGAAAUCGAUAAUGAAAGAUUUGGCGUCACAAAGGAGGCUGAGCUCGCGAGCCAGGCUCUCCGAAGAAAAACAGAAGGCAUUGAUGUCCAAGUCCGUUAUCUUUGAGGAAAAAGACGAUGAAAGCGUAGAGGGCGAAGGGCGUCAGGCGGGAGACUCGGAGGCUGUGACGGGCGAGGGUGAGGACUCGGGGCAGGAGGAGCAGACGCCUGACGGUGACAAGGAUGAGGAGCAGCAUAAGGAGGAGGAGCCCAAGUUACGGUUACCUUACCUUAAAAAUACUUUAGAUCACCAAGGGUACUUAAGAGGGCCGGCGGUAGAGCUGGCGGCGUGCGAGUGCACUGCGCUGGCAUGGGCGGGAGACGCGCCGGCCGUGGUUGCGGAGGUGGGCGCGCGCUGCCGCUGCGGCUGUGUGCUACACCUCGCGCCCGCCGCACGCCUGCUGGCCGGCUCGGCGCGCGCCUGCCCCGCGCGCUCCUUCUGGCUGCUACAGCUCGUGGGGUGGGUGUGUGUGUGUGUGUGUCAGGCGGAGGAGGGUCUGAGGGUGCAGUUGCGUGUGGAGUCAGUCCGGCUGCCGUGCGCAGGGCAGGCGCUGCGGGCGCGCGACGGGGACUCGCUCGGGUCGCCGCUGCUCGCCGCCUGGGACGGGCCCGACGCGGCCGCAGAGGUGCGCACACCUUUAACGCUGGAGGAUGGCGAGGGCGGGGGCGUGGACGGGGGUGCGGUGCAGGUGUCCGGGGGCCGGCACAUCCUGGUGGAGCUGCGCUCUGCGGACACCAGCGCGCGCUGCGCCGGCGGGUUCCUCGCGCACGCAUACCAAGUCGAGCCGUUGCUGAACCAGUCUGCGGCGUGGGCGCGUGCGGGUGCGGGGGGCGCGGCGGGCGCGUGGUGGGCGGGGGGCGGAGGGGCGCGGGCGGCGGCGGGCGCGCUGGCGGCGGGCGCGGCGCUGGCGGCGCUGUCGCUGGCGCUGCACUCUGCGCACCGCACGCGCGCCUACCACCGCGCCGCCGACAAGGAGUCGCUGACCGACAGCGACGCGUGCUCGGCGUCGCUGGAGCUGGGCGAGAGGCGCGCGGCGUCCCGCAGCACGCUGCUGUCAGAGGUGGGCGGGGUGGCGCUGCGCCGGCUGCUGCCCGCGCGCACCGGACACACGCGCCUCAGGGACGCGGAUCGCAACUCGCAAUGCACCCAAAGGGACGAGGAGCAGGGCACGGACGCGGAGGUGGAGGCGGAUGGAGAGGGAGAGGGGGACGAGGCGAGCGUGACGAGUGCGGGCAGUGCGGGCAGUCAGACCACCGUGACGCCGGAGAGCGUGUCUGCGAGCAGCGCGCCCCCUUGCGGGGGCGUGGGCGGGGCGUCGUCGCCGCUGCGCCGCUCGCGCACAGUCUCCGCCACGCACGUCACCGCCUCGCAGGAGAUAUGUGCGGCCCUGACGUCGAGGAAUCAGGCGGAGACGUCGCAGCUGACCGCCAGCAGCACCUCCGUCAGCGGCCGAGAGGAGAGCACGGAGGACAAGGACAGGAACAGCGCGUGGGAGCGGGACGGGAGCGCGAGCGGGGCCUCCUCCUCCACCUCCGCCGCCACGCUCACUAACGGCUGGUACUCGCCGGCGUUGAGCGGGGUGUCUGCGGCCAGGAUUCGGGACAACCCCAAGCACACGAAGGAGUCCUGCAACCGCAAGCUGCUCAAGUCCGACCUCAGCCUCACCUCGCACCCCGAGAUGGAGAUAGACUACUACGACUAUGAGGUCAACAAUGCAGGUUCCGUGCCGGGAUCUUAUUUAGGCAUGGAUCCGGCGUUUUUAGUCUGGAUCCCGCCGAUAGAAGACGGCGACAUCAUCAAAGAGAUCGACGAAAAUAAACCGAUCAAAUAUGAGGAGGUCAUCCCCGAGGAGUUACGUCCGGACCCGGGCAGCAACCGGGAGUCCCCCGAGGAGAGGCCCCGGGCCGGCGCCCUCGGCCGCUCCGGCGAUCACCGCACGAACAGAUCCAACGAGUCCAUCAGGUCCAUAAGGAAGGUGAUGGACAGAAGCAACAUCAUCCACCCGCUCAACUUCAGCAUCGGCGACCUGCAGCACUCGCCUACACUCAACAAAAAGAACAAAAGGAAAAAGGCGGAGAGUCCCGUCUCCAUACCGAUGAAGGAUCUGACUCUGAACAUGUCCCCGGUGCGCGUGCACAGGAGGGAGCGGCGACACGACCACGACGACUCCUCUACUCUCAAGCGCAUCCACGAUACGUCCAGGGAAAAGGACGACACGUUAAAAAGGUCGGACGUCAUCGACCUGAAGUUCGCCGACGAGACGUCGGACUCUUCUAGCGAUAUAAAGUUCGCGGACGACUCGCCCGACAGCAACCGGCUCGCCGACAGGUACGAGCUCGUGGCGUAGACGUGCGCCGCCGCCUUGUUGUCGUCUUGUUGCCGCCUUGUUGCCGCCGUGCAUUAUCAUCAAUCAACAGAUUUACAAAAAUCAUUAAUAUGAUAAUAAAAAUAAAAGGUAACAAAGUUUGAGGUGAUAAGACGUAUCAAAAUAUUUGUAAACAUAAUGGUAAGCAGCGUUGUCGUUGCUGAUCUCAAUAAUGGUGUUACUUCAAUGUAACACGAUCUAUCCCGACAGUGAACGCUUGCGUCACCCCCACACCCCACACC